UUUAUACAUUAGUUAGCUCCUCACCAGAAUCAAAUCAAAGAUGACUUCACUCAUUAUAACUGGAUGGCCUCUCAUCUUUCUAUCUUUUUCUAUCUUCAAAUCUCACUAUGUUUGUUGAAAUUAUUAACAACCAGAGUAUAGACACCUACCUAGCUGAUGAAUGUUAUUUCUUUUUGACUUUGUCAUGGGAUCAUUUUUACAGCUUUAUAUACAGUUAGAACAUUCAGAUAAGCUCAGUGAUUAUGAAGAACUACAACGAGCUGCUAAAGAAAGAGAAGAAAUCUGGCAGAAAUAUGACAAGGGUAGAGAGGAAGGGGCUGAAAUUGAACCCUGGGAAGACCCCGAAUUUUCUGUGUAUCACGUUACUGAUCGCUAUGGUUUUAUCCAUGAGCAUCGUUUGCCACCAACAUCUAGUUCUGAGGUGAAGCUGAGGCAACAAGAAUAUGAAAGAAGUCAGAAAUGGAUGAAGAUGUUGAGAAACUGGGAUAAAUAUUAUGGAGGAGAAAAGAUGGCACGCCGGGUGUACAAAGGUAUUCCUGAGAGAAUGCGUGGAAUUGUGUGGGCCCGACUUCUUGAUGUAAAGAAAGUAAAAUCAGAGCAAGAAGGAAUCUAUGAGAAAAUGAUAAUGCGCUCAAGAAAAGUGUCACCAUAUAUCAAACAGAUUGAUAUGGACGUGAACCGAACCUACCGAAACAACAUAAUGUUCAGAGAUAGAUAUGGCGUGAAACAAAAAGCAUUGUUCAAUGUAUUGGCUGGUUACUCAAUGUACAACACAGAAGUUGGCUAUUGUCAAGGAAUGAGUGAAAUAGCUGCUCUACUUCUGAUGUACCUGGAUGAAGAGGAUUCUUUCUGGGGUCUUUCACAAUUACUGACUGACAAAAAGCAUGGAAUGCAUGGUUUAUUUAUGCCUGGCUUUCCGAAACUGAUCCGACUUCAAGAACACCAUGAUAACAUUCUUCGAAAGUAUUUGGGAAAACUUCGAAAGCAAUUGUUGAGACAGGAAGUGUAUCCAUCAUUGUAUAGCAUAAAAUGGUUUUUGCAAUGUUUUCUUGACAGAACACCAUUUUCCUUAAAUUUACGACUGUGGGAUAUCUUUAUGCUUGAAGGAGAACGGUUGCUUGUGGGUAUGGCAUAUAACAUUUGCAAAAUGCAUCGGAGAAAACUUGUUCGAAUGCAAAUGGAUGAAAUCCUGAAUUUUCUCCAUUAUCAGUUAGAGAAGGAUUUUGGUUAUGAUGACGACACAGUCAUUGAUCAGCUACAGUUAAGUUUAGAUGAACUCCGUAAAGGUAAAAUGGAUGUUGGGCCAAAACCAAAAUCAAACGAGUUUCCAACAUUACCAUUUGGUUUAGAUAUCCAACCAAGCAUUGAACAAUACAUCAACAAGAAACCCAUUGAAUCACUUGAUGAACAUUUCCGCAAGAACGUACGAAGCGGGAAGUCCUACGCACGGAAGCGAGCCACGAGCAGUAGUACUACCCCCGAAUUAUCUCGAAGUCGAGCUGACACGAGGUCAAUGCAGUCAGGUCAAUAUUCAGAAUACUCAACCGAUGAUCGAUCGUCAUAUUAUGAUACAGCAACUAACUCUCGGCUGUCUUUGCUUGAUUUCAACUCUAGAACAUCAAACCAGAGUUCAAGGACUUCCUUUGCAGAUGCUUCUGACAUUAGUUUGUCAAUUGGAAUGGACAGUACCACAAAUAUAGAUGAAGUUGAUGCUGCUUCAGUUGAUGCUGGUUCGGCUGAGACAGCUCGCGAGUUUAUGAUUGGUUCAAAGACUCCUGAAGGCAUGAUACUUGAUAAUGAACAUAAGACUGCUGGUGAAAAUGUCCAAACCCCUGAUUACGAUAAUCUUUACGACAAAGACAAUGAGACAAAUAAGGAGACUCAAAUGAUACCUUCGAGUAUUCCCAUCAGUAAGUCAGAUGGGUUUAUUGUGAAUAAAACUCCAGCAACAAAACAAAACCUCACCAACGGAUUUGGCCAACAGUCAGAUCAUUGCGAAAACAUGCUCAAAGUCUCUUCAUCAGAUCAUUAUAUCAGUGGAGUACAAGAAACAUUUCAAGAGCAGAAUGGUUUCUUAGAGAAACAAGAUUUAAACCUUAGCACUGCCACUGUUGCACCACCAGCUGUAGUCACUAUGCCAGCUAAAGAGGUGUCCACUAUCCAAAUGUCAAAACCCAGUGUGUAUAUGUACAUGUAAACAAAUCAGAAUAUUUUGUACUUAAAAUUUCUUUCACUUCGUCCCUUGAAAGCAAUCGUUUAAAUAUAACAACAUGAAUUUUAAAGAACUUAACUGAAGAAACAACCAAAGUUUCAAUGUACAAAUCUGCUUCCAUAAAGACUUUCUAUACCCCCAGACCCUAUAUUUUUCUUUCUUACAUUCACACCACCCAUCACUCCAACAACAUUCUCUUCUAUUUUUUAUUAUUAUUUAUCUAUGUAUUUAUUUUUUUCCAUAUCUCUGCAACAACAACAACUAGCAGAUUCUGACAGAUCAAUGCAGUUGUUAAUUCCUUGUUUGGAUUCUUCCUCCUUUUCCUUAUCUCAAAUACACACACAAUCUAUAUAAAUAUGGAUUUCAUACUUUCAGACUCUGUGUGUGUGUGUGUGUGCAUAUAUAUGUAUAUAUAUAUAUAUAUAUAUAUAUAUGAAGUCUUUCUCACUCUAAUAUGUGUGUGUGUGUGUGUGUGUGCAUAUAUAUGUAUAUAUAUAUAUAUAUAUAUGAAGUCUUUCUCACUCUAAUAUGUAUGUGUGUGUGUCCACUUUGUUUUUGUAUAUGUCUAAUUAUCUUGUUCUGCCAGAACCAAAGUAGGACAACUGCAGUGCUAAUGGACAUUGAGACAGAAUUGGGGUUCCAGCUGUCUUGUCUUCGGACAACUAGACUGUCCUUUCAAUAGUGGCGUGUCAGUUAUGGAGAAUUUUUGAUUCUUGAAAUUAUCUCUCAUCCUUGUUUGGAACUGGUGCCAACUAGCACCAAACACUUAGUCUUUUGUCUCUGGAAGCAGAGAUAAUUUCAAUACAUCAAGAAUCUGUCUAAUAUACCUUUAUUUGUCUUUGUUGUUGAACUACAUGCCACUGACUACUGGCUUCUCUAAAGAUAUUUCAGUUUGCUUGUUUCUGUUUCAUAUAUAUAUAUAUAUAUAUAUAUAUAUAUAUAUAUAUUCACACACACACACAUUUGCAUAUUUGAAUAAGUGUGUAGGUGCAUAUGUAUAUAUAUAUGUGUAUAUUUAUUCUUAGGAUUUUAUUAUAUCUUGGUCUUUGAUAUUUAGUAGACCCUUGGAGAUAUAUAUGUAUGUGUGUGUGUGUAUAUGUUUGUGUGUCUGUGUUAGACCUCCCAACAUCACUUGACAACCGAUGCUGGUGUAUUUAUGUCCCGUAACUUAGCAGUUCAGCAAAAGAGACCGAUAGAAUAAGUUCUGGGGUUGAUUUGUUCAACUAAAGGCAGUGCGCCAGCAUGGCCCGAGUCAAAUGACUGAAACAAGUAAAAGAAUAA